AUGGCACAACCCGCACCCGCCCCGCCGCCUCAGCAGCAGCAGCUUCCUCCGGGUCUCCCGGCCAACUUGCAAAAUCUCACGCCGCAACAACAGCAGCAACUGCUAGCCCAAAUGCAGCAGGCUCAGGCCCAGCGCCAACAGGCCGCCAACUUGCCCAAACCCGAUCCAAGGCUACAGGCCGCCAUUGAGGCAUCAUUCGUGCCUGUUGACAUCGAACUCACCGAACCGGCCAACUCCAACGUCAAGUGUGGGCCGCAUAAGUUGGAGAAGUGUGAUGACUGUGGGGUGGACUUCGUGGACUUGAACCGUAUCGCCAAGAUCUUUGUGUCCAACCCCAACUUGAGAUGUCCACCGCCGCCAAACGUGAUCACGAAGCAACUGUCGGAUGUUAUUAACAAGACGAAGGAGGAGGGGAAUACUCUAUUCCGGACACGUCAACAUGGCCCCGCAAUCCAACGCUACACACAAGCCGCCAACUUUGCCCUCCAGCGCCCACCAUGGGAACCUAGUGCGAUUGUGCGCGAGGAGGUCUCUACCAUCAUGUCCAACCGUUCGGCGUCUUACUUUGAGGCUGGCGAGUUUGUAGCGGCAUUGUGCGACGCGGAGAUCGUCAUUCAGCUGAAGAAAGGGUGGUCGAAGGGGUACUUCAGAAAAGCAAAGGCGCUGGUGGGGUUAAAUGACCUUCCGGCGGCACGGGAAGCCAUUGUGGAGGGAUUGAUGUUCGAGCCGGAUAACAAGGAUCUCAUCGGCACGCUCGGGGAUAUUGACAAGGCUUUGGAAGCGAAGUCUAUCGCAGAUGCGCCGCAGGCACCGGCUCCUUCAGACGCAUAA